UCCCCCACAGGUCUAUCAACAGUAGUAACACAUAACGACACGGCGCGGCUCGCUGGCGACGCGUCACAAAACUCCGGGGGCGUGCUGUUUGCGGCGGGGGGGUGCGCCGCCGCUGCGCUCGCGCUGCUCACCGCCGCAGCCGCUGCGGGCACGCUGUACAAGAGAGGCAGUAAGGCGAGGCACCAUGAUUCCAUACAUACAUCUUACACAACAGCGGCUUACGGGAGUCAUCAGAACGUUCUACUUCGACUCGACACACUUGGACGACCGCCGAGUUCCACGGGAUCAUACGCCACUAUUGCUAGCUUACACAAAUUCCCUUUUGGUAGUCGCCGAUCACCGUCGCCGUACGCCACAACACACAUAGGCGAGCAUGUGUACGCCAAGCCGGAGUCAAGAGUAUCGUAUUACGCCGCUUCGAACCUCACACAUGUAUCACAGCAAACUCUACCUAAAGACCGCAUCACCGACCCCGCAGAACAGCUACGCUUGCUGACGACUCCUCGCUCCAACAUUCGGCUGGAGAUCUUAGUACACGAGGGGACCUUUGGAAGAGUCUACAAAGGAGUCUUUAAAAGAGGAGAAACGUAUGAAGAAGUUGUGGUGAAGACUGUUUCAGAUGCUGCAUCAGCGAUGCAGGCAGCGUUGCUUGUGGCAGAAGGACUCAGGCUAUAUGGUUUGGUGCACAAUAACGUGCUGACUCCUAUGGCCGCCUGCGCUGAAGAAGCGAGGAAACCACUCCUCGUUUACUGCUGUCCUUCACAUGCUUCGAAUCUGAAAAGGUUCCUAACAUCAUGUCGACUGGGCCACCAAGCGGCCCCAGCGACGAGAGACCUUGUAGACUUGGGGGCUCAAGUGGCGUGCGGCCUCGCAUACUUGCAUGUACAGAGGCUGAUACACGCUGAUGUUGCUGCUAGGAAUUGUGUGGUUGAUGAGAAACUAAGGCUGAAGGUGACUGACAACGGGUUGUCGCGGGAUCUCUUCCCCGAUGACUACCACUGUUUGGGAGACAACGAAAACAGACCAGUGAAGUGGAUGGCACCGGAGACACUGUUGCAGAACCAGUAUAAUACAGCUUCUGAUGUGUGGUCAUUAGGAAUAACGCUGUGGGAGUUAGCGACUCUCGGAGCUUCGCCUUUGGCCGAACUCGACGCGGCGGACGUCGGCGCUUUUCUAAGUGGAGGCUACCGACCUUCACAACCUCACAACUGUCCUGAUGAACUGUACGGUCUAAUGUCAUGGUGUUGGACGCUAGCGCCUUUAGCUCGACCGACGGCACCACAGCUUCUAGCCGCCCUUCACGACUUCAGGCAAGCUCUCAGCACUUACAUCUAAAUAUAAUACUACCUACUUCUCAUACUAAUCAUAUAACCGGUUUCUGAAAGGCCGAUCAAAGUUGCAAACAAAAAAGGUUUUUUUUAAGUAGGUCGUAUAUGUCGGUGCCAUCUAACCUACAUACUACAUCAUCUAAGCGGUUUCUUUAUUAUUUAUGAAAUAUGAACGUUCGUCUUGUAGUAUUAUUUAAGUAGGUAUUUAUGUCGAGAACGUUGUCCAAUAUCUCUCCUAUAAGCUUUUUAAUGCAAACCAAACGCAGGGGUUUCAUCAUGCCCGUAAUGAACAUCAUUCCUAGUUUAAGAGCCCAUUGAAAGUACUAUAGUCCUAAUGUGACUAGUAUAAUAUUAUUAUUGUAUCACUACUAUUUCCAUAUUUCAAAUUUGACCAGCCUUACAGAAACCAGGUUAUAACCUUAACUCGUCAAUUUCUACAAAAUUCUUGGCACUAUACUUUCCGUUUUCUUCAAUACCAAAGUGCCUGCCAAAGUAUCAAAAUUAAUCGCUUAUUUAAUUUAGGAUAUAUUUAAUUUAUAUAAAAUCAUAUAUUUUGAUCCCAAUAUGUUGUUUUUCCAAAUACAUAGGUUAAAUAACAUAUUUUCGGUCAUAAACUUAAUUAUAUCCGAGUCAUUGAAAUCACAUUAAUUAUUACGAUUAUAAAGUUAAAAACAAGUACCGCACAUACUUUUUUAGGAAUUGAGGUAAAAUGUAUAUUUUCAGUAAAAAUAAAAAGUGAUAUAUUUAACUAUUAAGUCACAAUUUCUAAGGGAUUUUGGAAUGCUAGAUGAAUGUACUAAUUAAUGAAAUACCAAAAUAAUUGAGUCUAUGUAUAACUUAGUAGCACAAAAUAAGUGGAUGUUACGAAAGAAAUAAAAAUGUACAGUUAAUUCUAUCGGGUAUCCUCUUGUUAAGGGGAAUAAGAUUAUUUACAUAAUUAGGCGUUUAACGGUAACAUACAUAGGACAACGUACAGUCAGCACCAAAAGACGAUUGAAGAAAUUGCCUACACAUAAUCAGA